AUGGGUUUCUUCAUUGAAGACCUCUGGUCCAGCAUCUUCACUCCUGGUCCCACUCCGACCUUGCUCGUCGCAACCAACGUCACCUUCGCUGCUUUGCAGCUCCUCCUCUUCGCACUGCUCUUGGCAACCUACAGCAUUCACUUCUUCAUUCUCUCCUUCCUUUCCGGUGCGCUAUGGUGGUCGAUUAAUUGGUUUGCUGCGGAACUGAGAGCCGUGCAGGCCCAGGAGGCUCAGAAGGAAAAGGAAGGAAAGAAGGUUCAUGCGGAUGGUAAAUCGAGAUGGGGAGAUGCUAUGAAGACACCGGGGGCACUUGAUACCGAGAGCGACACAGAGACUGAGGAGCAACGGCAAGAAACUCCUUUGCCUACAGGGAGCACUACCGCUGCGUCGGCUACUCUUCAGCUGCCGGAGGAACAGGGUGCCCGAAAGCGACACAGUGUAAGCGGGGAGAGCUCGGGAUACGGAAGCACAGAUAGUGAGUGGGAGAAGGUGGAUGAUCAUACUGAGUAG